GAGCUCCUGCAUAGGACGUCACUGGAGAACCAGAAGCUGAGUCUUAUGGGGGAGGUGUCCUACCUGAAAAUAAAGCUUGCAGACAUGGAGGGAAAACAGGGCCAUGGGGCUGAAAGGCAGCACAAAGCAGAGAGUGUAGUGAAUUUCAUUAGUGAGCUGCAGGAGCAGAUGUGUAGGUUUCAGAAAGAGAUCAAUAGCAAGAUCCAGGAGAAAAAGGCCUUGGAGAACCCGGCUGACAGCAGCUCUCCAGUGGCGUGCCCUACUGAGUCCACUGAGGGCCCGGCCUCAAAACCUGGGCCAUCCUCUGACAGAACCUCAAGGGUGACGCACAAACUAGAUGAGGCUCCAGAUGGACCUGAUGGGAACACACACAGCCUGGAAGAGGGUAGCUCAGAUGCAGAACGGCAAAACCACUGUGGAGGAGAAAGUGGAUUAAUUAAGGAGCUCAGGAUUCUUAAGGACAAAGUGGAGCACCUGGAGGAUCAGAAGUUACAGUACGAGAAGAAACUCAAAGCAACCAAGGCAGAGAUCAGCAGUCUUCAGCAGCUUCUGCUCAGUAAGAACGCUGAGAUCGAGAGCUUGCACACUCAGCUGCUGGCCAGACCCUCUCUAUCCCCUGAGAGCUCAGAGAGAGAUCAGGAACUGCAGAAGCUUAGGAGUGGUAUGAAAUCACUGGUAGCUGCCAAUGAUGAAAAGGACCGACGUAUUGAAGAGCUCACUCUGCUCCUGAAUCAGUGCAGGCAAUUCAGAGAGGUCAGUCACAGCGCAAGACAAGCUCCACCUGCUGUUCGUUCAUUAUCAAAUGGCAGGACUCAGUCAAGUAGCAGCGAGGAAGAAGAGCACGGACUGAUGAAGAACACUGACUCUGCCAGUGCAAAAUCUGAGGAUGUCAAGUCUGAAGUAUCACAUGUUUCCACAAACAGUUCUUCCUCCCAGCAAACAUCUCUGUCGUCAGUCCAGAAAGACAGCGAUUCCAGAACAGAACCACAGACUUUAUCAAGUAGCAUGAAUGACCUAACAAAUGGACCUUUACAAAAGAGUGGUCUGGGUGACACCAGAAGUCAGACACUGCCUGUGAAUUCCUCUCUGUCAGAGCAGAAUGGGAUCGGAGACAGCAGCAGUGAAAUCCAGAGUGAAAGGUCUCCAGAUGGGAGCGAAGAUGGAGACUCCAGCCAAAGAAAGUCGGAGAAAGUUGAUGAGAGCACUUCGAGCGAUAAUUCCCCGCUUCAUUCUGGAGUAAAUACACAGCCUGGCCAGCGAGCUGUGGGCUCACCAGAGUACAUGAAGAAUAACAGGAGUUUCAAGAGACUCUGGGGAAAACUUCGAAGAACCCAGUCUGGAGGGCUCCAGGCAGCAGAUCCAGAUGCCGGUCAGUUUAGAAGAGGGGGACUGCGCGCAACAGCAGGACCCAGACUGACCCGGACCCCUGAAUCUUAUGACUCUGCACGUGAUUUGAAUAUUCCAUUCAGCCAGUGGACCAAGGGGCAGGUGUGUGGCUGGCUAGAGGACUAUGGACUGGGCCAAUAUGUCAAUCUCACCAGACAGUGGGUCGAAAAUGGACAGACACUGCUGUCUGCUACACCUCAGGAUUUUGAGAAGGAGAUGGGUAUGAAGAAUCCACUGCACAGGAAGAAGCUGCAACUUGCUCUGAAUGCAUUCACCACUAAAGUUAUAGAGAAAUCAUCAGAGCUGGACUACAUCUGGGUCACCCGCUGGUUGGAUGAUAUUGGUUUGCCUCAAUAUAAAGACCAGUUCCAUGAAGCACGAGUAGAUGGUCGAAUGAUACAAUACCUCACAGUGAAUGACCUCUUGACUCUAAAGGUCACCAGCCAGCUUCACCAUCUCAGUAUUAAAUGUGCCAUCCAUGUCCUUCAUGCCAACAAGUUCAACCCCAACUGUCUUCGGCGUAGGCCAGGAGAAGAGAGACAACCCUCUCCCUCAGAGGUGGUUCAGUGGUCUAACCAUCGCGUGAUGGAGUGGCUAAGAGCAGUGGAUCUAGCUGAGUAUGCUCCUAAUCUACGGGGCAGUGGUGUUCAUGGUGGGCUGAUUAUCCUGGAGCCUCGCUUCAGCUCAGAGACUUUGGCCCUGCUGUUAAAUAUUCCUCCACAGAAGACUUUGCUCCGCCGCCACCUCGCCACCGCCUUCUCUGCCCUGGUGGGGACUCAGGCCACACAGGAGAAGAGAGAGUAUGGCAAUGCCACAGGCCAUGUGCCACUCACUACCACAGCUAAAGUAAAGCCAAAGAAGCUGGGAUUCACCCAAUUCAGUCACCUCAGAAAGAGGAAACCUGAUGAAUCUGCAGACUAUAUCUGCCCAAUAGACAGUGGAGCACUGACGGUGAAUGGGGUUUCUCGCUUGCCCUCUGCAGCACUCAGGGGCCUCAGCCCCAACUUGGACAGACAACCUGAGAGGCGGGAGCUGAUGGGGAUAAAAGCUCAGGCUAAUGGCCCAAAACCCUAAUUUAAAAAAAUACAGUAGGAAAUUCCACCCUCUCCACUACACUCCCGUCUCACUCACUGACUUUGUGAAUCAGUGGAAAUCCUAAUGCAGAAAUAUACCUAAGAUGAAUCCAUGUGAUGAUUUGCUGGAUGGGCUGCAAAGAUGCUGUGUUUAGCAGGUGAUGUUAAUUGUUGUUAAUGUAUUUUUAUUCAAUGUUGCUUUAACAAAGUUCAUCUAAAAUUCUGAUGAAUGGUGACAUUGUGUGAACUGUUUUAUGAAAGCUGCUCUCUGCAUUCCUUAUACAGUUGGUUUCCAAAGCUUAUACUCUUGCUUUACAACAAUGCAUUUUACCGACCAUUUUGUAUCUAAACUUUAGUUAGAAUAUUAAUGACCUUUUUCUUAUUAUAUAUCUGUAUUGACUGUACAGAAUAAUAAUUCAUAAUUACUUUAAUUAAUUCAUGUUCUGUAUGACUGACAAAAAAAUCUAUUAAAAAUAAAUCAUUUUGAUUCCCUUAUGGUACACUUACUCUUCUGCACCUUCAAAUUAGGCUUGUUGUUAUACUUUAGGAUUCUCUUACCCAAAUGUUUGUUUGCCUUGUUUCAUAAAAUCAUUGUGAAUAUGCAAUAAUAUAAUAAACAUCAGGUAAAAAAUCU